AUGUCAAGCCGUUCAGUUGCUCUCCCUUUCGGUAGCGCUCACUACGAGUCCAUAGUAUACGUGAAUGGAGUGGAAGUCGUGCGACAUAUCGGCGGACACUUACCCUUCGCGGCGGACGUCACCAAACACUUGAACUUUGGGGCCAAUAAUCGCAUAACUGUUGCCCUGAAUAACAUACUGACGCCGAGUACUGUCCCUCAGGGGACCAUCACUUACAAGAACGACACACAACUGUUCCCAAAAGGCUUCUAUGAGACCACAACUAACUUUGAUUUCAUGAAUUACGCGGUAGCCGAAGCUAAAGGCUAUUCGGGUUCCAUAACUAUACCGAACGCCAUAUUGUGGUGGCCCUACACCACGAACUCGAACCCCAGAUAUCUCUAUACAUUACGCGUGUCUCUCGUGGCCAGCGGUAAGACCGCCGAUGUUUACUACCAGAGAGUCGGCAUCCGUACGGUUAGGGCCACCGAUAAGGAGGUUCUCAUUAAUGGUAAACCCUUUUACUUCCGAGGCUUUGGUAAACACGAAGACGCGAACGGCAAAGGAUUGGACCUGGCGUUUAUAGCUAAAGACAUGAACCUAAUCAAAUGGAUCGGCGCCAACUCAUUCCGCACCUCUCACUACCCCUACCGAGGCCGAAGAGUAUUUCCGGGUUGUCUCGGCUCACGCCCGGAGUCUGGAUAA